AUGGCAAAAGUUGGCAAUGGAGUACAAAUUCCACUUUCGUGGGUUCAUGAACAUGGUGGUGCAUUCCCAAAAAAUUCACUCAAAGCAGAUGAAGGAAUAUAUGUGGCUCGUUGUCGUAUAAAUGAUGAUCUAUUAGUUGGCAAAUUUGUUUCUACUUAUGGUAAAGCCUAUUGUCCACAUGAAGGCAAAGAGUUAGAGUUCACUGAUUAUGAACUUUUAUGCGAUUCUGGUAUCCCUGGAUGUCGUGAAGGUUAUGAAUGGAUAAUGAUGAAUGGAGGUGAUGUACCAGAGAAUGCAGUGGUCGGUGGAAUAGACAGAUAUGGUGCACCAUUGUAUGUUGUAAGAGGGAGAAUUCAAGGUGAAACAUGUGUUGGUAAGUUGCUUCAGGGAGAAGGAAAUGCAAGCUUUGCAUGGGGUGGCGAUGAGCACAAAAUUGCAGAAUAUGAUGUACUUGUUUUGAAAAACUGA